UGCCAAUCAGCGUUGUUUACAGUUUACCGCGCUGUCAGUAGGUUAAUUGCAAAUUCGCUCCGCAUAAAAAUUAUAAAAUUCUCGCAAAUCAUUACUAAAACGUUUGAUUAUGGUCGCGUGGAAUAAUUUACGCAAAUUAAGUAGCAUUGCCGUCGGUACCGGCGCCGGCCUGGCUGUUUAUUACUACCAGCGUUUGCGCGAGCCCAGCAACCUGGUGCAGAACUCGUGGACAAACUCCGAUAAGCCAGUUAGUGAAGCAGCAAUCUGGGAUCCGGAUUGGGAUUGUCGUGAUCCGAAAAGUUGUGUGCAUCCACUUAAGAAUGACACACCACAAGAACAAAAUCGCUUCAAUAGCGAGUUAGAGAAAAUGCGCGUAAAAGCUACUCGCCAUAUCGUGCUCGUGCGCCAUGGGCAAUACUUGGAUGUGGGCGUGCACGAUAAGGAUCAUCAUUUGACCGAAUUGGGUCGAUUGCAGGCAAAAUAUACAGGCCAACGCUUGCAUGAGUUGGGCAUUAAAUGGGACAAGAUUAUAGUGUCGACAAUGACGCGCGCGCAGGAGACAUCUGAGAUGAUACUCAAAGAAAUCGACUAUGAUCUGGAAAAAGUGAAGCACUGUCACUAUUUGCGAGAAGGUGCUCCGAUAGCACCGCAACCGCCUGUGGGACACUGGCGGCCCGAGAAGUCUCAGUUCUUCCGGGAUGGUGCACGCAUAGAGGCGGCCUUUAGACGUUACUUUCAUCGGGCCUAUCCAGAACAAGAGCAUGACUCUUACACGCUUAUAAUUGCACAUGCGAAUGUCAUACGCUAUUUUGUAUGCCGGGCAUUACAGAUACCGCCUGAGGCGUGGCUGCGCAUGAAUAUCAAUCAUGGUUCAAUUACUUGGCUCACCAUCAGCCCCUCGGGCAAUGUUUGCAUAAAGCAUUUGGGCGAGAGUGGCUAUAUGCCAGCGAAUUGCCUAUCCAAUCGUAUACCGCGUGAAGUGAAAAAUGUAGUUUAAUUGUCGAAAGCAGAAUUACUAAAUCAUAACUAAAAUAAGCAUAAAAUUAAAAGUCAGUGCAGCUGCUGAGCAAAGAAAAUCAUUGCAGAAAUUUUGAGGUAAAUUUUUAAUUAAUGAAUUAAAUGCGUCGGAAAUCAGUUAAAUAUAAACAGUUUGGAGUUAUGAAUAAGCGAGGUAGUGUGGAAGUUCAUGUUACUCCUGCCAUAUUAUAGACCAAUUACCAUAAAGCAGUUAACUAUUUUAUCUCGUACUUAAACAAUAACAAGUUUACUAUAUAAAAAUAAACACCAAAAUCAGUAAAUUAACUUUAGGGCGUAUAUAAACACCAACAUAAAAUUGCGUUUAUCCUUUUACUAGCAUUUGUACGUAUUAAAAAUAUUACUAUUAUGCAGAAAAUUUAAAACAUUGCUUUAAAAGGGAAGAAAAAAGUAAAGAUUUAUGCAGUCAAAAAAUGUUUUAAUAAAUUCGUCGAUUGCUUGAAUUGUUGCAAUGCAACGAAUUGCUUCCCAAAAGAGUUUGUGUUUGCUCCUCAAGUGCUUGGAAAUUUAUGCUGGAAAUAACCAUAUCACGAGAAAAAGCAUACUAUGUGGUUGUUUAUAAAAAUUGAUUUUUUCUGCUUUCCUUUAAUUUAAUUUUUAAUUUUUGUGUAUCUUAUCUUAUGUAUGGCGUUCUAGCCUUUUAGGUACUUCUUUUCUUUAGCUAUUUUAUUUUGUAUGCUUAUUUUUAUUACGUUUAUUUUUGUACGUUGUAUCUGUCCCUUUGAAGGUCAGCUGACGCUGUAUUUCGUGUUGCUAAUCUUCUGAAAUUGAAGUGGAUAACUCUGGGGAGGGAAGUGAGCGUUGGACUUUAAAAUCGCUAGAUAAGAUAAACUGAUUACAAUCGGCGUUUUCUCCUAGAGCGGAAAUGAAUGUACAUAUCGCACACCUACAUAUGUAGAAAUUUCCCUCUGAAUUUUGACUUAGCUCACUUUAGAUCUAGGUGUGCGAUAUGUACAUACAUAUAUUUUUGUUUUGGCCAACUGCCCAUACAUGAGUAUGUACAUACAUUUUUAUUGUAUGAAAUUCCGCAUUCUUUUGUUUGUGGAAUGAUGUUUGGCUUUUCCGCCUUUAAAUAUUUUUCAAUGCUCCAUUUAGCAGGCGCUUUUUCGUAAUUAAUGAAAAUCAAUUUAUAAAAUUUUGCGCGAAUUUCUAAAAUGUCAUGAAAAUGUCAUCAAUCCAGUGACAGUCAAAGUGUGUGGCAUUUAAAGACUAAUUGGAUGAACUACAAGGCAAGCAUAGUUUUAGGCGCAACGGAGAUUUUUUGGGUGUGUAUAAUAACAAAUAGUCAGUACCAAUUUCUAAUGGAACUUGCAAAAUUUACUGAAAAAGUGUAUUCUUCCUACUGGCUGUUGUUGUUGUUGUUGUAGCGGCUACAACAACCCCGCCCAGAUUGGUUAGUCCCUCCCUCAAUCGUUGUUGUAGUGGCUACAAAUCGUUGUCGUCAAGCUCUAUUAACGGGACACCCAAUAAACGUGCAGCUUCGAUAGGGUCUGUCCAUAAGGACAGAGGCGUUAGUAGAGUGAGGUUCAGUGGACAUGCGAAGAGAUGUCUUGAGUCAUGGGGUGUCUCCCCGCAUGCCGGGCACUCGUUUGGCACAUCUGCAUCUACUCUGCUUAGGUACGAGUAGCCAGAGCGAAGUUGGGCUA